UUAGGAAACAUUGGCUGUGGUUGCUAGCUAGCUCAGAUAGUUCAGGCUAACGUUGGUUUGUUAUGCUAGCGUUAAACAAAGAGUCGUAGAGACUUGUAUAUCCAAUAUAGCGACAGUCAAUCGAUUAGUAGCACCAGUCAACGUUAUCUACAUUGCGCUAUCGCCCAUAUGACAUAGCUGUUAGUUUGUUUCAUGUUAUUUCGGAAGCUGUCGAGGAUGGCAAACUGUUGUAACGUUGUAGUGUUGACUUUAGCUAACUCGGCUAACGGUAAUUUCCAUCACAUGCAUAUUCAGCUUGAACUAGUAUGGAUGUUGAUGACUGCAAUGGCCGGUCUUACAUAUCAGCUAGUGGAGACUCUUCAAUGGAGAGAGAGUUUUCUGGGGCCCUUGGAGGUCCAACAGUGAGCACUCCCAACAGCAAGGAGACCUCUCCAAGUCGCUCCCUCAGUGCCAACUCCAUUAAAGUGGAGUUGUACAGUGAUGAAGACCCAGGUCGCAGUACUGAGGAUGAAAGAGGGGAGCGGGUAGAGGAAGGAGGUGCAGAACAGGGAAGCGAGGCUGUUGGUGGCUACAGGGAGCUCACUAAUCCUGAAACCAUGCCAACUGGAGCCACCAGACUGCCAAAUGGGAAGCUCAAGUGUGACAUCUGUGGAAUGAUCUGCAUUGGGCCUAAUGUUCUCAUGGUGCACAAACGCAGCCAUACAGGUGAGCGACCAUUCCAGUGUAAUCAGUGUGGUGCCUCCUUCACUCAAAAGGGUAACUUGCUCCGUCACAUCAAGCUGCACUCAGGGGAGAAACCCUUUAAAUGUCCCUUCUGCAGCUAUGCCUGUCGAAGACGAGAUGCGCUCACUGGCCACCUUCGCACUCAUGCAGUGUCCUCUCCAACUGUAGGAAAGCCCUAUAAGUGCAGUUAUUGUGGCCGUAGUUACAAGCAGCAGAGCACCUUGGAGGAGCACCGUGAGCGUUGCCACAGCUACUUGCAGAGCCUGGAGUCAAAGCAGCCAACCAGCGCUCAGAAUCCAGGAGAGGAGAUGAGAGAGCUAGAGUUUAUACCAGACUCUCUACUGCAACCCUCCUCAGACAAGAUGGCAUUUAUCGAUCGGCUCGCCAACAGCAUCACCAAACGCAAGAGAUCCACACCACAAAAAUUUGUAGGACAGAAGCACAUACGUCUCAACCUUGGAGAUGCACCUUAUGAGCUCAGUGCUGGUCUGGAUAAAGACGGGGAGAUGCACCCAGGGGAUCUUGAAGCCCCGCACUUUACUGGUCUGGGAGGAGAGUAUGCAGGUCUAGCAGGUAACGGAGGAGGAGGGGUAUCAGACACACUGAGGCCUCUACACCAUGCCACCACUCACCCUUCAUGUUUAUCAGAACUCGGGCCGAUCCACAGCUCGGCUCACACUCCUGUCGCUCUAGGCCCGCGGCUGGAUUGUACAGGGACGGGAGCUGGGCUGGGAUCUGCAGGUGUAGGGGGAAGAGAGGCAGCAGAAGGUCAUGAAGACCUUCCUGUGGGUCGAAGUCAUGCGUCCUCGCCGAGCAACGGUUGCCAGGACUCUACGGACACAGAGAGCAUGCCAGAUGAGCCGUGCAACAGUACUGCUCUGACUCCGACCCUGCACAGUAACAACGGCCAUCAUCUCCUCCACUCUCACAACCAUAACCCAGCGCCUCCUCUGAUUGUACACCACAGGAGUAGGGACAGACACGGCCCCAGCCACGCCAAAGACAGGGAGGUGGAAAGAGAGGACGGAGGUCACUCAGCACCCCCGCCUCCUGCCCUCGCUCCAACUCCCAGCUCACCUACAGCACCCUCCUCCACCUGCAGGGAAGCUUUCCGGGUCGUAGACGGGGAGGGUCGAGCCGUGCGCUCUUUUCGAUGCGAGCACUGUCGUGUGCUUUUCCUGGACCACGUCAUGUUUACUAUCCACAUGGGCUGCCACGGUUUUCGCCAGCCUUUUGAGUGUAACAUCUGUGGCCACCGGAGCCAGGACCGCUAUGAAUUUUCUUCACACAUCGUCCGCGGAGAGCACAUCCUCGACUGAGGAUAAAGGGUGGACAACCUGCUUCACCUAGAGCUAUUUUUACACUGAGACAAGGACCUGGCUGGGUUUGGUCUGCACAGGAGCUGAAAGGGGCAGUGAUGGCGUGGAAGUAUCCCAAACAGGCACUGAUAGCGUUAGUAUGUACUAUGAAUGGAAAGCUCACAUAUGUGUUUCAGACAAAAUUUUAAUGCACUUUGAACAAUGAAUCAAUUUAAAAUGCACUUUUAAUCAAAUGUAUUCCAACGUAUAGAUGAAGAGCCAAUGCACUUUUUCAUCCGCAGAUGUGCCUUGCUCCAAAAUUCAGGAUUCAAUCCUGAAGCACAAAUUGUGGUAGACAAAUCUGACUUCAGUCCAUAACCUGAAAAGGUUCCCCUCUUGUGCUCUUUAACAGAUAUAACAUUAAAAAGUCAAAUGUGAAGUUGAUGGAAUCUGUUUAGAUUUUAAUGCCUUGUUCUAAAAGCACUUUUUCAAUGAAUUGAUUCCCUGAAGAACCGUACGUUCAAGUUUUUUUUCCAAGUAGGCGCUGAUUAUUCACAGUGUGGUUUUUAUAAUGCGAUGUGAAGUGCAGACCAAACUCAAGAACCAGGUCUUAGUCAAAUAGAUGUGUUUGAGGGGUUGUCCGUGAAUUAGAGACGCACUUUUUGUUUGUAAGUGAGGGGGGGGGUCUGAUGCGAGUGUAUGUGUGUGUGUGUGAGAGAGAACGUGAGAGACCCUGUGUUUUUUGGAAGUAAAGUGAAAAAUGAAGGCCUUUAUUUGUGUGAAUGCCGUGUGGCGCUGAGUAUGAUCUGUUUGUUUUUUCUUUUCUAUGACUGCUUUUGUUGCACUGAUACCUGCCAGAAUACUAUGAUUAUAUUAAACUAUUUUAUAGAAUACAUUAAUGACCUGCACAUUUCUCUCAAUGUGAGAAAACAUCACGUUUCUCUCACUAGUAACGGAGUAUCACUGCCACAAUUUUAGAGAUUAGUGAAGAGUUUAGGAUCUCUGAGAUUCCUCUUCAUAACUACAUCAAACUGCAAACAAACAUUCUUUUAAUUUAAGCUAUACUUUAAAAUGAUUUUGGUGUUAUUAUCUCGUUGUAUUGUGCCUUUCUUCACCCUGAUCAAACCUUGUUGACCAGACUUAAGGACAUCAACUACCAGAUGUCGUGUCUUCAAACAGCAGAUCUUUGUGAGUGAUUUUAAUCAUCUUGGAGAUCAAUAAUUUAAGUAUUCAAGUUGUAUCCAAGACACUGGCUUAAAGGUUUGCACAAUAGUUAUUUCAUCCUGCUCAACAAAAAUGUAGGGUUGAUUUUCAUUGAAUUGUUGGCAAAGAACCAAUUCUGCUAAUGUAUCAAAGACUAAAUAUGCGUUGCAUUUGACACAUGCUGCUAUGACAUGAAUGAGUGCAGUGUUGAGUGGCAGUAAUCUACCGUCCUCACGGGUUAAAUCCAAAAAAUAUGUUUUAUCAGAGGUUUUCCUGGAAAACACAUUUAGAAAGUCUCCAGUCAUGGGGCGUGUUGUUUUUCCAAAAUCAGUUGUUAUUUACAAUAAACUGUCCUGUCUUGGUAAUACAGUGCAGAAGCAUCUGAAAUGUAUGUCAAGAGAAAUGUGUGAGUUGAAAGAACACAGUCAGCGCUUGGUUACCAUGUUAAAACAAUAAAUCGUAGUUUCAGUCACUGCAGGCUACAGUUAGAUUUUGCACUCAUUAAGCACAAUAGGGAGAAUUUUGUGAACCAUCAGAUUUACUAUACGCUUGAUAGCACUGCUGAAAAAUACUCUUCAAUGGAUUGAUGACAACCAAUUAGUUGUUAUCAUAUUUUACAUGUAUAAAGAAUGAUGGAUGUUCUAAACCUAAAUCUGUUUUUCAUGUUUGUACUGUCCAGGAAGCUAACCUGUUUAAUCUAGACAACAGAAUUGGGCACAAAAAUAAACAGAAUUUGUGUUGAUAA